AUGGUCAAUGCUAUCAAGGGGUGGUUCAUCUCCUGUGAUGUACCAAUGGCACAGUUCAUUGUUAAUCUGAAUGCUUCGAUGCCUGCAUCAGAGAGGUUCAUCGUGCACAUGCUUGAUCCCACACACAUGUUUGUUCAGCCUCAUGUGGCAGAGAUGAUCAGAAGCAAGAUAGCUGAGUUCAGGGAUCAGAACAGUUAUGAGAAGCCUCAGUAA